GUGUUUUAAAUAAUUUUUUGAAAAGAGACUUAUCUGAUGAAGAAGUGCGAGAUUCAAAAAUUCUAGGAAUUCAGUUUUCUGGAAUAGAACUUUUAGAUGAUGGGUUGUACUUUGGACUUGAAGGUCCAACUUUUGAAUUUCCGACACAAUUUAUGAAUAUUAAAUGUCUCCGUAGUGCAUUGGAGGCUUUAUUUUUUUUUCAAGGUGAAAUAUUAGCAUUAAUUGAUACAAAAUUACAGGCCGAUCCGACGAAGACUAAUAAUCCUCUUCAUAAGAUACUACAUCAAUCGGGUAGCUCAAAGGCAAAACAUUUCAAGAUCAAGUAUAUUCGAGAUACAUAUUUUACUCCAAAAAAAAGAAAAGAUGAUCAGAAUAGUUAUAAUA